UCACCACCACUACAAGCUAGUAAUACUCUAGCAGCACAAGCUGCAAAAGUUUUUCUGAACGACGUCGUUCAUACCCUUCAUCUGCAAACCAAACCCCUCAAAUUAUCAUUAGGGUUUCCUAUCCCCGGCAAAAUGGAGGUAGCGAACGCCACCAAACGGAAAUUCGACGACGCCGUUUCUAAUGGCGUCGCCACUGAUGUUGAUCUGUCUCUCCUCGAAGCCAUCGAGAAAUCGCAGAACACCGUCGAAGUCCUCGACCUCCGAACCCUAAAGAAGCACGUUCUUUCCUUCGAGCGUCGCCUGAAGGAGAACAUCGAAGCGCGCCUCAAGUACCCUAACCAACCGGACCGCUUCGCCGAUUCCGAAGUCGAACUCCAUGACGAGCUCCAGAAGCUCAAGGUCCUCGCUGGUGCGCCAGAGCUUUAUCCGGACCUCGUCAGCCUCAACGUUGUUCCGUCAAUCGUGGACCUCCUCAACCACGACAACACCGAUAUCGCCAUCGACGUUGUUCAAUUGCUGCAGGACCUCACUGAUGAGGACGUUCUCGACGACAACGAUGAUUCUGCUAGGGUUUUGGUCGACGCGCUGGUUGAUAACAGCGCUCUCGAGCUUCUGGUUCAGAAUCUUCAUAGAUUGAAUGACUCUGACUCCGACGAAAAUGCUGCCGUGUAUGGAACCCUCGCGACAGUGGAGAAUUUGAUCGAGGUGAAGCCCGCGGUGGCGGAGUUAGUUUGCGAGAAGACGAAGUUGUUGAAGUGGCUUCUUGGGAAGAUCAAGGUGAGGGAAUUUGAUAGCAAUAAGCAGUAUGCUUCGGAGAUUUUGGCGAUUUUGUUGCAGAGUAGUACGGUGAAUCAGAAGAAGCUGGGGCAGAUGAAUGGGGUUGAUGUGGUGCUUCAGGCCGUGGCCAUGUACAAGUCUAAGGAUCCUAAGAGUUCUGAUGAGGAGGAGAUGUUAGAGAAUUUGUUUGAUUGCUUGUGUUGUUUGUUGAUGCCAUUGGAGAAUAAGGAGAGGUUUGUGAAGGCUGAAGGGGUGGAGUUGAUGAUAAUUAUUAUGAAGCAGAAGAAGUUGGCGUAUGGGUCGGCUAUUAGAGCGCUUGAUUUUGCCAUGACUAAAUACCCGCCGGCCUGUGAACGUUUUGUGGAUGUUUUGGGGUUGAAGACAGCCUUUGCAGCUUUCAUGGGUAAGAUUCCCUUAAGUAAGAAGAACAAGAAGGAAAGGUACCAAGAGGAUAUGGAGGAGCGCCUUGUGUCACUGAUUGCGUCAUUAUUUGGUGGAAUCUUGAGGGGUUCUAGGAGAGAAAGAUUAUUAAGUAAAUUUGUUGAAAAUGAGUGCGAGAAGAUAGACAGACUGAUGGAACUAUACAUCAGGUAUUCAAAUAGAGUCAGAGCAGAAACUGAAAGGUUGAAUCAAGUUGAAUUUGAUGACUUGGAGAUGGAUGAAGAUGAAAUAUACAAUCGCAAACUAGAAUCUGGACUUUACACCCUUCAGUUGAUUGCUGUCAUUUUGGGUCAUAUUUGGUGCUCAGAACAUCCACAAAUGAGAGGGAGAAUUGAGCUACUUCUCAAGCAGAACAAACUUAGUAAGAAGCAUAUAAAGGAUAUACUUCAGGAGUAUCAUGACAAUAUUGGUGACCUUGACGGACCAGAAGAGAAGGAGAGAGCACAGACAAAAAUUCAGAAGUUCAUAAUGGCAUUAUAAUUAGCUAAGACUUGCAAACUUAAAUGAAAAUGAAUGAAGUUAUUCGUUAAGUGCUUGUAAAAGAGGAAUAGAUUAGUUAGGGUAUUCGGAAUGAAAAAACGCUUAACUGCGAAUGUUGUUGAGAUCAUAGCCUUGUAAUGUUUUCUUCCUCACACUUAGUGUAGUUAUAAUGUAUGUUAUUUUUUCCCCUGGAAGGGUGUCUUGAACUUUGUUUUUCUAUUCUAUUACCCAUUCCAUUAA